CUCAACAAUUCCUAUAAGCACGCGAUUACAAUGUCGACACUUAUUCGUUAUUUCUUCACAAAGUAUAAAUUACGUGCGCACAAUAGAGCGGUGAGAAACGUUAACUGAGCUGAAAUCCUUUGGAGUAAAAUAAGAAAUCAGUUGGAAAAUAGAAAAAGAUGGACCAGUGUGACGUGCCCGAAAAUAUCAUGACAAGUCAGUUUUGGCAACAGUUGCAGAAAGGACUGAGUCACUUAAACUUGCCGAAAACUGAGGACAGAACUCGGAAUCCGCGUCCUAAUCUCACGGUUGAAGAAAUCACGAUGGUGGUACUGGGAGAACCUCUGACCUGUCUGAACCUGUGUUUAGAGGGUGGGAAGCAGUGUCCUGGUGGUAUGUUACUGGUACCCUCUUUAACAUGGCUUCAGAAAGAAUCCGCCAAUGAAGGAGAUCUGCAAACCUUACGAGUAUACACGGCUGUCACAUUUGACUCUUGUGGUAGGACAUUUUUGGACACCUUCACCCCACCUCGCCGUAUCACUUACUGGAUGAACAUCCGCACACAUACAGGCGGUGGCUUGUCUGGAAGUUUUAAGCCCAAUAUUGAAAUCCAGGAAAUUGAAGAAAAGUGCGUGGAAUGCCCAAAGGGAGUUUCAGAAGGUUCCGAGCGACGAUUAGAAGACCGUCUUCUCAUGCGCACCAUCGUGGCAGACGCGGGUGUCGGCUAUCCACAGACGCUGGUGUUUCAAUACAAACCGACCCUUCCCUAUAGCCCCGGAAAGCACGAUAUUUAUGUUGUCUCUCUUAGGAGUAAAGAAGAUGAAAAUGAGGCAAUCAGAAAAACGCUAGAUCUGUUCAUUGGUUCUUUGGCAAAGAAAGGAAUUAAAAAGGUUGUGGUCAAACCACCUAGGCACACAUCACUAAAAGUGUCCUACCACACCACCAAUGACGUACAGGACGUCUACACUGUCGUUUGUCGGGCAUUGAUCGCCCUAGUAGAGGGUGAGAGCAUCAUUGUGGAGGCAUUCUGUGGGACCCUCAACCCAUUACCUGUUCCUUCUCGUGACCACGAAGAACGUGCAGUUGGCAUCAAGAUUAAGCCACUGUGCUGUGCUAUUCGGGCUGUCAUCUGCUGCACUCCUGACGGAAAUCAGCUUGUGUCAGACAUCGUCUGCGGUGUAGGUGACGCUGACAUCACUCUCCAUAGCAACAAUACCUUGCCUGUGUCACUGGAGAGCUUCCUAAUUCAGUGGGGGUUACAAAACAGAUUAGAUAUUGAAAAGAUACACCAGGUCAUCAAGCGGAAGGCGGAGGCCAUAAUGGAAACUUUGGUGAGCCACGAGGAAGGCCAGAACUGGGAUGAACCAAGCAAAUUAUUACCGAGACCAAAUGUAAUAGGUGUCAAUUUUGUCCUAACCCAGCAAAAGGGUGGAGACUACGAUGCUGUAGCUAUUAGCAUUAAUAACAGUGGAAAAACCAUCGCAAACACGCAGAUCUACGAUUUUCAACAUUCCUGCAAUCUUGGAAAGAGUUUACGCCCCCUAGUGGCAACCAUGGUCAACCGUAGUCAGCGGUUCCUUCUUCAAGGGAAACGGAUUCUUUUAAUUGGAGGUGGCGUCGGGAUGCGCAAAAAGCAUGCUUGGGAAGCCGCUAAGGAAUACGGUGUGAAGAUGAUUUUAGUUGAUCCCGAUCCAAAUCACAGUGCGGUUAAAAGCGUUCACAAGUUUAUUCAAUGCGAUAUUAAUGAUCACAGCCAAGAUGACAUCAAUGCAGACAAAAUUAUCCAAAUACUGCGUAAGCAAAAUCUGUCCAUAGACGGAUGUAUGACUGUCGAAGAAGGUCAUAUCCCUUUAAUGUCACUGGUAUGCACAUCACUGCACCUUAUCGGAAUUACUCCCGAUGUUGCAAGGAAGGUUAAGAAGAAAAGCCUCACCCAAAAAUCCCUGAAAGAAUCUUCGGCAAACAUCUCUCUGUCGCCCGACCAAUCACUGUUCGCAGUCAAAACGCACGAAGUCGUCCGACCCGAUGAUGUUGUGGGAUCGUCCAACACCAUCCAUUACCCAGCCGUUUUGAAACUGGAGUACGGAUCGGGCUGUGCUGGAGUUAUUCUAGUCAAAGAUGAGGCAGAAUGCUUGGCACGCUAUGACAACAUCCAGAAAAUCCUUAAAACCACAGACGACACAAUUUUUGGGACGCGGCACGGGAACGACAUGCACUUGGCCGAAUAUGCGCUGGGAUCGAAACAUAACGUCGAUAUCAUCAUGUUUCAAGGGAAGAUAUUAGCGGCAUUGAUCUCCGACGGUGGUCCAACACGCGUUCCAAAUUUACUUUCGAUGGCAGCGUGCACGCCUUCCUGUUUACCACCUGAGAAACAGAGACAGCUUGUGACAGCAACAUUCCAAUGUGUUAGGGCGGUUGGACUCACCGACGGCGUAUUUAACGUGGAGUUAAAAAUGACUCCUACGGGCCCUAAACUUAUUGAGAUAAAUGGACGCAUGACUGGAUUGGCCAAUAGGGAAUUCCUUCGUAUCGUCUAUGAAACAGACAUUCUCUUCUUAAAUUACCUGAUCGUGUGUGGGAUUCAGCCGAACGUCCAGCCCAUGGAACCUCGUUGCCAGCUCAUGUGGGUAACAUGUACAUCAGCAGCCCACGCCAAGGCACUGUCCCGGUCGGGGACUGCCACGCCAGAGGUCCUUGCCGAGGCUCACAGCCGUGGAGAAAUAUUAUACCAUCAAAGGGAAACUGUACCUGAGGCAGAUCCAGCCUACGAGAAGAUAUUUUGCCAAAUAGGUGUAAAGGGGGAAUCUGUAAGCGAUGCAAAGAGAAAGUUGUUGGAUGUUUGCAAGAAAUAUGGCGUCAAUUGCGCCGAAUUCCCUGUAGAUUAUUUUCUCUCCACCUUUGUGUAG